GGGAUAUGAGUAAAUUUUUGAACAUCCAGUGCUGUAUUAGCCGUAUCAAAUACCCUUCUUUUGCCAAAAAGUGGAUCAAUAUUCGCAAAUCAUACGGGAACUUCUAUAAGGUCCCGAGCAACCAGACCAAGCUGACAAUCAUGCUUGAGAAUCUGGGCAUGAAUUAUGAUGGGAGACCUCACAGUGGACUUGAUGACUCUAAAAACAUUGCAAGGAUAGCUAUAAGGAUGCUGCAGGAUGGCUGUGAACUGCGGGUGAAUGAGAGAAUGCACGCUGGACAGCUGAUGACAGUCUCCUCCUCAGCCCCCUUAGAGGGAGCCCCUGCUCCACACAUGCCCCGCUACAGAAACUAGGAGUUCAAGGGCUCUGCCUUAGGAACUGCUCUUAGAUACCUGCUAAAGAAUGUUAAGAGCUUAUUCAGUGGCCACCUCUGCCAACCUGUCUGCAGUGCAGAAUCUGAAAGCACCUUAACUGAUCAUCUCUCUUGAAAUAAAGAGGCGUGUGGAAGCUCUUUGCUCUUUGAAGCCUGUGUUACAGCAUUUAUUUUUUUGUUUUACUGAUGAUUUUUUUCUUGUCGUUUGCAACUUUUCUGGCAGUGAGGUUGGUAUGUGGAAUC